UCUUUCAUUCUGCACAACACUAUCUAUCACCAAAGGGAAUACCAAAGUGCAAGAAGCCUAACAUUAUCAUGGCUACCUCUGCUAUCCAGCAAUCAGCAUUCACUGGUCAGACUGCUUUGAAGCAGGCAAAUGAGCUCGUCCGGAAGACCGGUGGCUUUGGCAAAGGUCGCAUUACCAUGCGCCGUACCGUGAAGAGUGCUCCUCAGAGCAUUUGGUAUGGCCCUGACCGUCCCAAGUAUUUGGGUCCCUUCUCCGACCAAAUUCCAUCAUACCUGACUGGUGAAUUUCCUGGUGACUACGGAUGGGACACAGCUGGAUUAUCAGCUGACCCUGAAACCUUUGCCAGGAACCGGGAGCUUGAGGUAAUUCACUGCAGAUGGGCCAUGCUCGGUGCACUGGGAUGUAUCUUCCCAGAAAUCCUUGAAAAGAAUGGUGUGAAAUUUGGUGAGGCAGUCUGGUUCAAGGCUGGUGCCCAGAUCUUCUCUGAGGGUGGCCUUGACUACUUAGGCAACCCAAAUCUGAUUCAUGCUCAGAGCAUCCUUGCAAUCUGGGCUUGUCAGGUUGUGCUCAUGGGAUUUGUUGAAGGAUACAGGGUUGGUGGAGGACCACUUGGUGAAGGACUUGACCCAAUUUACCCCGGCGGUGCCUUUGAUCCACUUGGUCUGGCUGAUGACCCUGAUGCAUUUGCUGAGUUGAAGGUGAAGGAAAUCAAGAACGGCCGUUUAGCAAUGUUCUCCAUGUUUGGUUUCUUUGUUCAGGCCAUUGUUACUGGAAAGGGACCUAUCCAGAACCUUUUCGACCAUGUUGCUGAUCCCGUCGCCAACAAUGCUUGGGCUUAUGCCACUAACUUUGUCCCUGGACAAUGAGGAUACCAAGAUAUACCCUUUCAGUUGCCAUCUUGUGCUACCAUUUGCAGUUCCGCUGUGUUUAACUCCAUUUUCACUGAUGUAACUACCUGAGCAGAAGAAUCUGUAUGAGAGCGAUUAUAUAUUAGAAAUAUCAACUCUUAUGCAUGAA